UGGCAUUGACACGUCUUACAAUUUACCUGAAUGAGGUGUGACAGUUUUUGUUAUGUGUUGUCCUUGGAAAUAUCAUCGUGGCUUUUUUGUGUGUGUGUAUGUAUGUAUGUGUGUGUCUGUUUGUGUGUGUCUUUAUAAUGCCAGGGAUGUCACAUUUGUUAAAUUUUGAACAGCCGUACAACUAACCAAUCGAGAUAACCACAUGCCCAUGAAAAGCACAGGACCUCAGUUAACCACUUAGCUGCACAAUUAAAGCGAAGCGACUGACGUCACAUUUCAAACCACCUGAGCAGAACGGCAGUUCACAUUGUACAUCGCACCUGUUACGGUAAUCCACCGUGCCAACAUUCGAGACCCGGCUGCCUUCUUCAGGACGACCCUCUAGCGACGGUACACAUAUCAAGGGUAGAAAUGACCUAUGAUAUAUAAUAAGGCGAUCAUUGACAGUGGCACGUCGACACUCAGCAAUUCAUCCAAGAUUAAUGACUUUUUUAUCGCAAUGGAAGGGGACCACAAGAUGUUAGGAUUUUAAUUAAAGUCAUGUGGUUUUACAAAAAGAUUAUACAGAGGGGAGAGCUAUGCCAGAAAGAUCAUCCCUAAUCAUCAUACAUCUGACCAGAGCAAAACUUUCACAGAGACCGGAGAGAUGAUGCAUAAAACAGAUAGAGGAACACAACAUAAAGAUGAAGACGCAAUAUUUCCCAAAGCUUUGCGUUACGCCGAUUUUCUAGUUAAACACGGUGCUAAGGUAAAACUACACAGACAAAGUACCUUCUUAACAACGACCACCGAUCCAUCUGCAGCCUUUAAACAGAGAAAUGAAGCAAAGAAAGUCAAGGAGGAUAGCCGGAAAGCUGUGAGCAGUGCAGAGACCAGUGAUUCUUCUGGGAGCAACCCGAGUACGACAAAGGAAGGUAAUUCUCUAGCUGACUCCAAAUCAAGAUUUCCUAUCCUGGGUCCAACACGCCAGGACACCCAGCUUUACUUCAAACGUCGUCAUAAAACGAGGAUGCCGUUGCCUGGGUUUGGUUAUUGUAGGUUAACCUUCGAGGAUUUGAAGAAAGAACUCGGAAUUAAAAAUGAAAAAGAAAAUGCAAAGGACACUUUCCGCCAAUCCCGACCAUUUCACCACGAGCGCUCUAACACACUUCAGCACAUUCCGUCAGCCAGAAACCUCAUAACAACAAACGAAGUUCAAACAUUGACACGAUCUCUUCCAAAUUUGGUAGUAAGUACCACAGAUAACGCUUUAGACUCGAAAAGAGAGUUGGAUAACUCAUCGAAUUCUUUAGUGCCAAGAAAAGUAACUAGAGAGAAAACACUAUAUCCUUCCAUUCACGGAUAUCAUCCGAGGAGCUUUUCUCCUACGUACAAGAGAUUAAUACACGCCAAAGAUACGCUUCAUUGUGAAAUGAAGGACAGACUACAGGAAAUAAAAAGAAUUAAAACUGCUAGAACGGCAGAAAAUUUCUAUAAAAAGUAUCUGAAUGAAACUAAUGACGAAGACCUUGCAGUCAUUCGAACCAUGGAGUUCAUGCAAAGUGUCGAUUCCGAAAUCACUGCUGACGCUUCAGAAACUGAACCACGUGCCAUAUCCUUACGAACCCCAAUGCCGGAAAGAGUCUUUAAAUUUGACAAGUCGAUUUUUGACUUGAGCCUACAUAUCUUCUUGCCGCAGGGAGAUAACAAAGAACCAUUAGACAAUAUGGAAUCAGACGAUAACAUUGAAAGUAGAAAAGGUUUGCCUAAGAGGAGUAACAGUCACCUUUUAGUAAAAAGCAACGAUAGAAAUAUAUUAAAACCCUUGAGUGAAUCUCAGUUGAAAGUGAGACAUAAACCUCAAAAAUCUAGGAAUAAAUCUCCUAAAAAGUUACCGAAGCGCGAAAUAAUGUCCCCUGAAUGCGACGAGCCAUUGUUGAAGGACGACGUGGAAACACUGAUGAGCAAGCAGGCUGACCCUUAUUUUAGCGAUGCAGGCAAUGAAGCUCCUGACUCAGAAACACAAGAAGGUUCAACUGAAGUGAAAAAAGAUGAUCCUGUGAAAAAAUCAAAGGCUAUGAAAGUUAAAAGUCGCAAGAAAGUUGACACCAAACCUGAAGAGCCACAUUUACCAAAAUUGACAAUAGCGUCAGAUUUUGAUGCACUAAUUGAAGAACACUCGAAGCAUCCUAAGGUGUCACUUCAUCACACAGACAAAGUCAACAACCCUUCGUCCAAGUCAGGCCAAGUUGAGGACGUGUCGGCCGAAAAUCUUCUAACCACGCACGAAACACAGAAUUCACAGACAGAGAGAAAAGAAUCUGGCGUCGCAGAUGAUAAAACUGCAGAAGUAAAAAAGGAGAAAAAGAAAAUGAAUCCACCCCCGAAACCACAAUCAUUAGCAGACAACAAACUCAUAUUCGACCGCCAAAAGGCUAAAGCCGUCACAAAACUUGCCCGAAUGUCAAAUUUGACUGCCGAGGAAGCCAAUGAUCUUUGGCUGACACGCGAUGCCAAAAUUUUGGGAAAUAAAUAUAUAGACCAAUAUAACAAAACGGCUUUUGGUUCAGAUUCUGAGAGUGAUGAUGACGACAAGUAAAACUGGGCUUAUUUCCCUUUUUCUGGUAGGUUUAUCUUAAAUGAUUACAAUAAAGUGGAAACAACACUAGAUCUUAAUUGUUAAUAAAACAAACUGAAGUAAUUAAUACCAAGACAUUAAGUAACUCCACUUCAGGCAAAAUCAAAUCUUGUAAUAUGUGAAUAAAUGUGCCAAAAAGAAAUAAAAAUAAUAAUAAUAAUAAAAUUCUGUAUUUUGUGUGUAAUUAUUUCUUAGUUUUCAAAAUAUAUCUUUAUUCAAAAGAAUUAUGUAGAGGUUCA